ACACCCGCUUGGUGCGUUCGCCUGUUCGCGUGCUGAUUGAACAAACAUUUGGUCUGUGCCCGUAGCUCGCGCGUUAAUAAAAAAAAAAAACACAUUACGUUUUUUUUUAUCUGUGAUGACGAUGGCGGGUUCAUGCAUAUUUUAAAACUAUAUAUUUUUUUGGAUGUGUUAAUUAAACAUGAUGAAAUAGUAUAAAGUGAAAAUAAAUUGUAAAUAUUUAAUGUGAAACUUAAUGUGUUAGUGUAACGUUAAUUAAAUUUUCCAAAGCUUUUCAAUUUUGCGGCGAUAACGAAACACAGGUGAAGUCGACAUGACGACGGACAACGCGUUGAAUUCCCAACGAGUGUUCAGGAAAUCAUCGCCGAACGCGAAGCUGACGAUGUACCUCGCUUCGCGCGAUCUCAUCGUCGAGAACGGUGUCAUCGACAGGAUACAGGGUGUGAUACAAGUCGAGCCAGAUGCCUUGUUGGAUAAUAAAAAGUUAUACGGACAAGUUACUUUAACAUUCAGAUACGGACGAGAAGACGAGGAGGUUAUGGGACUCAAAUUUUGCAACGAAGCCAUAAUGAGCUUGGCACAAAUAUGGCCUAUACAUUGCAACCACGAACGAGAGCCUAACACCCCACUACAGGAUGCUCUCAUAAAGCGGUUGGGUGCGAACACAUAUCCUUUUCAAUUGGAGCUGACUCCGCUCGCGCCACCUAGCGUCCAGCUGGUACCAGCUAAGCAGUACAACGGAGCACCCAUUGGUACUUCAUAUGACGUUCGAGCUUUUGUUGCAGAACGAGCUGACGAGAAGGUAUCUCGACGGAAUACUGUCCGUAUGGGCAUCCGAGUGCUCCAAGGUCCCGGUCGGCAGUUACCCCCCGCGUCACUGCCUCCCAACUCGUCGCAUCGUAUGUUCAGCGUUCUUACGAAUCACAGAGAUGAGAGCUCGGAGACGCCAGCACAAAUCCUAGUGCGAGAUCUAAAGUCUCUCUCAGCUAAAUCUAUGCUCAAAAAUAAAAUAAAAUUGGAAUCGGACGAGAAUUGCUGCCCAAAGAAGGAAACUGAGUACGUGGUACCAGUGCCGCCGCGGGUAACCGUCGAGAAGCCCUUCAUAUUAUCCGAUGGAAGAGUGGAGCUUGAAGCGUGGUUGGAUAAAGCGACGUAUUAUCACGGAGAAUCGGUAAAAUGCAGUGUUGUUAUCGCCAACCAUUCGUCCAAAACUGUACGAGGUAUAAAGACACUGGUGAUACAACACGUGGACGUGUGUAUGUUCUCCAAUGGAAAGUUCAAGAAUGUUGUAGCGUCUGUAAAGUGUAUAGGUACCCGCGUCAGACCUGGACAACGACUCACAGAGACUUUCAAUUUGUUGCCUGACAGAGGCGUCACCAAAAACUGGAUAGCUUUAGAGGACUCAUAUUCAAAAACCGGCGCAAGUCUUGCAUCGACAGUCGUUUGCAGUAACUCUCCCGAAGACCGCAACGUAUUUGCCAUUUACGUAUCCUAUUACGUUAAAGUCAAAUGCAUACUCAGUAAAAUGGGAGGUGAUUUAUCUGUCAAACUUCCGUUUAUUCUCACACACUCUUGUCAUAGCGAGGCACCAGUUGAAACCGUCACAGAAGAUACAUCCCCCAAAGUAAUUUUAGAAGGCAAAGAAAACAGCGAUGACGAUUCAUCGUGUAAUUUAACGGUCACAGAAAAUCGAAAUAAAGAUAGUGUCGUUUGUUGUCAACCUGGCAAAAGUCAAGAAGACAAAUGUGAAGAAAAAAUUGACAAUGAAGAUACUGAAGUGAAAUCUCCCGAAGAUCAUCGCUGUAUUGCUGAUGUACUAGUCAAUAUAGAGAAUAAAAUAGAAAGACCCAAGGUAUUUGAAGGGACUGAGGUGCGUCUGGCUAAGCCUGAUGAAGAAUUGGACCUUAUCGUGAAAUACCACGGUUCAGAUACGUGAUCCGAUGAAGAAUUAAAUAUAGAUAAAGGUGAUAAAAAGACUGAAGAACCAGAAAAGCCAGUGAUUAUUGCCGAUUGCAAGAAAGAGGUCCAAAUUAAUAAAAGUGGUUUUGCGGAGAAUUUGAAGCGGGCUGUUUGUUGUAUAGACAGAAGAAGGCACUCAUAGCCGAUGGAGAGUGUAUUGAACUAUAUCGACACAUCACAUAACUACUUUAAUGUGUUUUUAUGUGUCACAGUUAUAACCACAGUUAACAUGGUACAUAUGUGUGUUCAAGCAACUGAGUGGAAGUUUAAAAGACAUAUUAUUAUAAUUAGUUUUAAUCAGUAAAAUUUAGAUCUUUUGACAAUUGUAUUCAUAGAAGGUGAAAUCGAAAUGAUUAGCUUUCAACUAUUGAAACUGAACAUCUCAUGAAACUAAAUGAGACGUGGACGGAAAGAAUAAAAAGUUUAAGUCCCAUAUACUAACUUAACAAUGCAUCUAGUUAGCGUUGGUAUGGGUGGCUCAAAUUUUUUGUCAUUUUUUUAAACCAUAUUGUUUUAAGAAAAAGGUUCGGGUUUAAACGUUUCCUUAAAAGAAUAUUCAAGAUACUGAUUUUAUCUUUUCUUUUAUCAAUAUAUAUAUUAUAUUAAUAAUAUUUGUUUAUUACUAUUAUUAUAGAUAUAUUAUUAUAACAGUGAAUGCUAUAACAGAAAUUUUUCUUGCAUAAAAUUAUACUUUUUAAAUGAUUAUAUAAAAAUGUAGAUAUGUACUAACGGCGUCAAUCUAAAUUGGUCUGAAAUGAACGAAUUGCUAAUCUAGUCAUUUAGAAUGUGUUACUCUAAUUAGGUAUCUAACCUAUAAUGUUAGUAAAUAUUCUAAUGUUUACAAAAUAAGACCACUCAUGCCUGCUUUUAGUUUUCAUAUUUGAAUGUAUGUUAUAUUUGAAUAUUUCUAAAUAAUUAAUAAGUAAAUAGAACAUUUUAAAUUUGUAAUUUUAUUGAAUUUGAAAAUAUUAUAUUAAACAAUUAACAGUAAGUGUAUAAUAUCCACAAAUAUAUUUAUUUAAUUUGACAACAAUAAAAAAAAAUAUUAAAUUAGGCAUCUCAAAUAUUCACAAUACGAGACAAAAAUAUAAUAUAUCCAAUUUAGAUGCACUUUUGUAAUUAAAUUAAAUUUACUGUAAAUGUAUAAUUUUUCAAAAAAUUUACAUUACUUAUUGGAAACAAAAGCAUGAUUUUGGUCAAUUAGAUAUAAGGUCUUUGUCAGAAGACUUGGCCAGUGCCGAAAAUGAAGCCUGAAUGGAUAUUACGCUUAUUAAAUUGUAGUCUGUGUUAGUAUUAAAUUGUGUAGAAACAUGUUCCUUUCAUUUCUGUAUCAUAUUUUUAAAAUUAAAUUAAUUGUUAUG